GUUAGCACUCUGACGCAUCGCAUCAAAUGCGCGAUUACCCCCUAGCCUAGCCACUUGCUACUCCCUUCGCGCACCGCCACCGCCCGCGCGCGUCGCCGCUUCGUCUCCCUCCAGCUCCUCCCUCUUCCCCGAUCGAACCAUCGCCUCGCUCCGGCCCCGAGACGCACGCACGCACGCACGCGUCGCCGGCGUGGUGAUCAGCCGAGAGGCUGCGCGGCGGCAUUGUCCCGCCGGCACUGACCCGGAGCGGCCGGCCGGCCGGUCGGUCGAUGAAGCCGCUGUACCUGCGGAGCAGCGGCAGCUUCAAGAAGCUGCUGCUCUCCCUCUCGCCGCACCGCGCCAAGCGCGUCCACGCGCCCCCCGACGCGGCCGAGGAGUCUGAGUCGGCGCCGCAGGAACGGAAGCCGGAGUGGGAGUGCUUCUCGUACGAGGAGGUGCGGCGGGCCACGGACGGCUUCCGCGCGGGCAACCUGGUGGGCACGGGCGGGUCGUCGGAGGUGUACCGCGGCGAGCUGGCGGACGGGCGCGCGGUGGCGGUGAAGCGGCUCCUGGGCGCGUCGGCCUGCGAGCGCCGGGAGCGGGACUUCCUGGCGGAGCUCGGCACCGUGGGCCACGCCCGGCACCCCAACGUGUGCCCGCUCCUCGGAUGCUGCGUCGACCGCGACCUCUACCUCGUCUUCGCCUUCUCCGCCCGCGGCUCCGUCUCCGCCAACCUCCACGACGACGGGGAGGGGGCGCCGGCGAUGGGGUGGGAGGCGCGGUACGGCGUGGCGGUGGGCACGGCGAGGGGGCUGGAGUACCUGCACAAGGGGUGCCGGCGGCGGAUCAUCCACAGGGACAUCAAGGCCUCCAACGUGCUGCUCACCGACGACUUCCAGCCCCAGAUCUCCGACUUCGGACUGGCAAAGUGGCUGCCGACGGAGUGGACGCACCGGGCGAUCGCGCCGAUCGAGGGCACCUUCGGGUGCCUGGCGCCCGAGUACUACACGCGCGGCAUCGUGGACGAGAAGACGGACGUGUUCGCCUUCGGCGUCUUCCUGCUGGAGGUCAUGGCCGGCCGGAAGCCGGUGGACGGCACCCACAGGAGCCUCCUCAGCUGGGCGAGGCCCCUGCUGAGCGAGGGCAAGACGGAGGCGCUUGUGGACCCGAGGAUCGUCGCCGGCGGCGGCUACGACGCCGAGCGGGCGCGGCGGCUGGCGUUCGUGGCGUCGCUCUGCAUCCGCGCGUCGCCGACGUGGAGGCCGUCCAUGACAGAGGUACUGGAGCUGCUGGAGGGCGUGGAGGCCAUCAAGGAGGAGCGGUGGGCGAUGCCGGAGCCGGAGGCCGGCGACGACGAGGGGGAGGAGGUGUGGGGCUUCGACGACCUCGACGACGACGAGGAAUCCGGCACGCCGUCCCCUUCCUCAACGUCCUCGGCCUCGAGCGCUUAGCACGGGGCCAGGCUAAGAUUGUCUCAUCAGCAGACGACCGCGACGCUCGACGAAAAUUUUGCUCCUACCCAACCCACCCACCUGCUCCGCCGUGCCGGGGCCCACUUGUAAAUGACACUACCGCAAAAAAAGGUUUUUCGCUGUCGAGGCUGUGAAUACAAAGGUUAUCCAUGAAA